AAGGCGGGCGAGGCGAGGCGAGGCGAGGCGCGCGGAGGGAGCCCGGGGGGCCAUGGUGCAGCUGCGGCUGUGCAGGGCGGGCGGCGGGGGCGGCCCGGGCGAGUGGCUGCUGCUGGAGCUGCAGGGCGAGGUGGAGGCCCGCGACGGGGCCGGGCUGGCGGGGCGGCUGCUGGGCGACCUCCACUUCACCCGCCAGGGCGCCCCGGUGCUGCUGGUGGGCCACCACAUCCUCUACGGGAAGGUGGUGCAUCUGGAGAAGCCCCUGGCUGUCCUGACCAAGGCAGGGGUUGCAGGCGAGGCUCCCCCCGGCUCCGGUUACUACAGGGCCACGGCCCUUAUCAGGAAGAAGCUGCUUUUCAAGACCCGCCCCAAGCCCAUCAUCACCAACCUGCCCAAGAAGGCCUAAGGGGAGCGGGAGAGUGGGGUGAGCAUGCCCUCCCCCCCCCCAUUAAGGUGCCUCUCCCCUGGGAGAGCAGGCUGCACAAGACCAAGGUGCCAAAACCCAAGAGGAGAGCGGAGCUGGAGGCAGGAUCCUUCCCAUGGUAUGAAGGAGCACACACAUGAGCUUCGUGUUCUGGCACAGAUGAGCGAGACCAGCCAGAGGAUGCAGUCCAGCACCUGAGCACUCUGGACUCUCAGCCUGAUCUUGAUUACUUCCUUGUCAAACCAAAAACAAGCCUCAUAUUCUCUUGACAAAGGCAUCCUCCCUCUGGCAGCCGGAAGCCAGAGGGCCUCACAUGUCUGCCAAGUGGGGCCUGGUCCUCUCCAAGCAUACCAGAGUGACUCGAGAACUGCCUGGCCACUCUCUUUGCUCCGGGUGGAUAGGAGGGGGGAGUAGUUAAGAGGACCCAAACAAACACACAGCUGUCUUUACAAGGUAUUUUUAUUGUAACAAACUUACAGUAAAAAAAGAGCAUUGACGUUUUCAAAAAAUAUGAAAAAGUUAAAAAAUAAAUAAGGUUACAAAUAA